UCUAGCGCAUGCGCAGAUCAGAAUGGAAGCUUCCGCUAAAGUGUAACGUGCUCCUCCGAUUGUAAAUUACAUCAAACAUGGCUGUAGGUAAAAAUAAGGGUCUUGCAAAAGGAGGGAAAAAAGGUGUUAAAAAGAAGGUUGUCGACCCAUUUACUCGUAAAGAUUGGUACGAUGUUAAAGCUCCAGCCAUGUUCAGCGUUCGAAAUGUUGGAAAAACUCUUGUUAAUAGGACGCAAGGCACAAAGAUUGCCUCAGAAGGUUUAAAAGGCAGAGUGUUUGAAAUCUCUCUGGCCGAUCUCCAGAAUGAUGAAAUUGCUUUCCGUAAAUUUAGGCUAAUUGCUGAAGAAGUCCAAGGCCGCAAUAUAUUAACAAAUUUCCAUGGAAUGGAUUUAACAACUGAUAAAUUAAGGUCAAUGGUUAAAAAAUGGCAGACCCUUAUUGAAGCUAAUGUUGAUGUCAAGACGACGGAUGGUUACCUAUUACGGAUGUUUUGCAUAGGCUUCACUAAAAAAUGGGCAACACAAGUAAAGAAAACAUGUUAUGCACAACAUGCUCAAGUCAAACUUAUUAGGAAAAAGAUGACAGAGACAAUGGUUAGAGAAGUCUCUUCGUCCGACCUUAAGGAAGUUGUGAAUAAAUUAAUUCCAGACAGCAUUGGUAGAGACAUCGAAAAGGCAUGUCAAGGCAUCUAUCCUCUCCAUGAUGUUAUGAUCAGGAAAGUUAAAGUACUAAAGAAGCCUAAAUUCGAUGUGGGUAAACUCAUGGAAUUACAUGGUGAAGGUUCUGGAAAAUCUUCAACAGCUGUUAAGGUUGGUGAAGAAGGAGCAAAGAUCGACAGACCAGAAGGCUAUGAACCACCUGUAUUAGAGUCUGUUUAAUCCGAUGAACAAUAAAAAAAGAAAACCCUAUUUGUAUAUAUA